GGGCUGGGCGUGGGCUGCUGCUGCUGCUGCCGCCGCCGCCGCCGCCUGCCUGCAGCGCUCCUUUGCAGUCGGACGGAGGAGCACAUUGUUUGUAGCGGUCUGAGACAGACACAGCGGCGACCACAGCCAGCUCCACACUCAGACCACCGACCAGAACCGAGCGGGCUGUCCGCUUUAGUGCUGUUUUCGGUCGUGUACCACCGAACGGCGGGCUGUCUCUGUCUGUCUGUCUGCGGUCAGACUCCUGCGCUGAAAUUUCACCGAAACAUUAGCCCGAGUAACCAAGUGGACCGAAAUCUCUCCGCGGGCACACCGGAGCGCUGCUUGUUGGCUGAGCAGCUGAAGAAGAGCAGAAAGGAUGACUGAGUAUAAGCUAGUGGUGGUGGGCGCUGGAGGCGUGGGCAAGAGCGCUCUUACCAUCCAACUGAUCCAGAACCACUUUGUGGAUGAAUAUGACCCUACCAUAGAGGACUCUUACAGGAAGCAGGUGGUGAUUGAUGGAGAGACGUGCCUGCUGGACAUCCUGGACACAGCAGGACAGGAGGAGUACAGUGCUAUGAGGGACCAGUACAUGAGGACAGGAGAGGGUUUCCUCUGUGUCUUUGCCAUCAAUAACACCAAGUCUUUUGAGGACAUUCACCAGUACAGGGAACAGAUCAAACGGGUAAAGGACUCGGACGAUGUGCCAAUGGUCCUUGUGGGUAAUAAAUGUGAUCUCCCUGCUCGCACAGUGGACACGCGGCAAGCGCAGGAGCUAGCACGCAGCUAUGGCAUCCCGUACAUUGAGACCUCAGCCAAGACCAGACAAGGUGUGGAGGAUGCCUUCUACACACUAGUACGAGAGAUCCGACAGCACAAGCUAAGGAAACUCAAUCCUCCUGAUGAAAGCGGACAGGACUGUAUGAGCUGUCGCUGUGUAGUAUCGUGAUUUAAGGCGACCUUUCAGAGUUGAGAAGUGGACCUAUGGAUCCGCAAGGCAGAGUGGACCACAGAAGGAGGAAUAAAGACACAAAUCACAGCUGGAGAGCAAAACAAAAGACAAACAAAGGCGCUACACUGACUGCAAAAUGAACAUUUUGGCAGAGUAAGUUGCCUUGCUGUGACUACGAUGACCCCCUCUGGCUGUCCACAUCUGCCUGACAAAACACCACUAAUGACUUGUAUUGGUUUUCAUAUUCUUUAACUCCAGUGUGCUAAUACUGGGCAGCUCCGUGGAUUUCAUCUAAUUUAUUAUUCUCAUAAGUCUCAACACUGGCUUUUACGUGGACAUCAGGCCUUUCGUGACCGAUAUCACAAAACAAAGCUCAGAUUCUAAAGACUGGACACUAGUGACCUCAUCCCAGGCACCCUGUGCCCCUCUGUUCCUGUCAGAAGAAGGCAUACAGGUCUGCAGAUGAGACUGCUCACUGCUGACUGCAGAGAGAAAGGAAAGACAUCCCACACAGGAGUCUCUGUUUUCUUGACAGUUAGCCACAUUUGUUUUGCUUAACAUGUCUUCGUUUUAACAUGUAACUUUUGUGAAUUGGGAGUUUGUGGCGAUAACCAUGGGGACUGUGCUUUGCUGCAGCACUAGAUACUGUAGGUGUGGCUGUUUAUGUGUACGUAUUUUACAAGAGAAACUGAUUGUGGAAGUGCUGAACAAACCGACUGGUAUUGCGGUUGUUCUGAUUGUUAGAUUCCAAUAAAAUUUGUUUUAAAGUCCUACAUGUUUGGUUUAAGAUCUUACAGAUUUUUUAAAUCUAUUGUACAGACAACUGCAGAACCUUGUUAUUCCAGAUUUGUAUCAAAAGUGAUUGAUGUAAAUAUUUAUGUGACAGAUUGGUGGCUUCAGACAGAAUACUAUAUCAAACUGUUUGGAGGUAAAAACAAUGGGCAAAUAUGUAAACAUCUACUGUUCUGAACUCAACAAUUUAAUUAGAGCUGAUCAUUUUUUUCAAACUGUAAGAAGACCUCUGUUUACCUACAGUGUAUGCAAAAGUUUGAGUGCAUACUGUACUUUUGCACACUUCAAUUUUUCCCCCCAAUAUAUUAUACACAGCAAGUGAAUAGACAUUUUGCUGUAAAAUUGGCAGAAAUUCCCUAUUUCAGUGUGUUGUCUGUGAAGGAUGUGUUACUUAUUCUCAUAAAGAAAAUCACCAAAACAUAAUUUCCCCUUGAGGUGUUCAAAUGUUUGGCAUACAAAUGAAGCUCCUGUUUCUGGCAUCCAUGCAUGACAUAGUUUUGGUUCUUCAUGUUACAUAUGCAUUUUUUAAGUGAAACAGUGGAAAUAAAAACUCUAGUUCAGCUCGUGACUUGUUCUGUACAAAUGAUCAUAAAAAAUAAACUGGUUUACAGUAA